AUGGCUCGCUUUGAAGACGAACUGUCCAACCGCUAUGGAGGCAACUGUCCCGCGGGCCCGGCCAGAGGGGCCAUCCGACAGCCGGGGCCUCCGGGGGUCCAAAGGAUGUACAAGCAGACGAUGGCCCAGAGAGCCAGGACCAUGGCCAUUUACAACCCCAUCCCAGUCAAACAGAACUUCCUCACCGUUAACCGCUCUCUCUUCAUCUUCAGUGAGGAUAAUAUCAUACGGAAAUAUGCCAAAAAGAUCACAGAAUGGCCUCCAUUUGAGUACAUGAUCCUGACCACCAUCAUAGCAAACUGCAUCGUCCUGGCUUUGGAGCAACACCUACCAGCCUCAGACAAAACCCCGAUGUCAGAGCGUUUGGACGACACAGAGCCCUACUUUAUUGGAAUAUUUUGUUUCGAGGCUGGCAUCAAGAUCAUCGCCCUGGGCUUUGCCUUUCACAAAGGCUCCUACCUGCGUACUGGAUGGAAUAUAAUGGACUUUGUGGUGGUCCUAACAGGGAUCUUGGCCACUGUGGGGGCUGAUUUUGACCUGAGAACACUAAGGGCGGUGAGAGUGCUGCGGCCGCUGAAGCUGGUCUCUGGCAUUCCCAGUCUUCAGGUGGUGUUAAAGUCCAUCAUGAAAGCCAUGGUACCUCUGCUGCAGAUCGGCCUGCUGCUCUUUUUCGCCAUCCUCAUGUUCGCCAUCAUCGGCCUCGACUUUUACAUGGGCAAGUUCCACCGCACCUGCUUCUCGACGGAAACGGGUGAACAGGUAGAAGAGUUCCCCUGUGGCAUGGAGGCUCCGGCAAGGACCUGCGGCAACGGCACCAUCUGUAAAGAAUACUGGACCGGACCUAACUAUGGCAUCACCAACUUUGACAACAUCCUGUUUGCUGUUCUCACCGUUUUCCAGUGCAUCACCAUGGAGGGAUGGGUGGAGAUCCUCUACAGCGCCAACGAUGCCUCAGGGAACACGUGGAACUGGCUGUACUUCAUCCCCCUCAUCAUCAUCGGUUCCUUCUUUAUGCUCAACCUGGUGCUAGGUGUGCUGUCAGGGGAGUUUGCCAAGGAGAGAGAGCGGGUGGAGAAGAGGCAGGAAUUCCUGAAGCUCCGCAGGCAGCAGCAGAUAGAGAGAGAGUUGACUGGUUACCUGGAGUGGAUCUGCAAAGCAGAGGAGGUGAUGCUGGCUGAGGAGGACAAGCAUGCAGAGGAGAAGUCUCUGGAUGGAGCGUGGUACAAAAGGAAACAGCACAACUCUGUGCUGAAAAGAGCCAAGAAGAGCAAGAAUGACCUCAUCAAUGCAGAAGAAGGCGAGGACCACUUCACUGACAUCUCAUCUGUUGCCCCCCAAGGGUCGCCGUUCGCCAGGGCCAACGCGAAGGGCAAGAACGACAACUCGUCUUACUUCAAGAGGAAAGAGAAGAGGAUUCGUUUCACCAUCCGCCGUCUGGUCAAGUCUCAGAGCUUCUACUGGACUGUGUUGUGUCUGGUCGGCCUCAACACGCUAUGUGUAGCUAUCGUACACUACGACCAGCCUGAGUGGCUCACCUAUGCACUGUACCUGGCUGAGUUUGUAUUCCUGGGCCUGUUUUUGGCAGAGAUGUCCAUGAAAAUGUACGGCCUUGGACCCCAGAACUACUUCCAUUCCUCAUUCAACUGUUUUGACUUUGGGGUGAUUAUUGGCAGUAUUUUUGAGGUGGUCUGGGCUGCCAUCAAACCGGGGGCCUCAUUUGGGAUCAGUGUCCUCCGGGCUCUGAGACUGCUCAGGAUCUUCAAAGUCACCAAGUACUGGAACUCUUUGAGAAACCUGGUUGUAUCUCUACUCAACUCCAUGAAGUCCAUCAUCAGCCUGCUGUUCCUCCUCUUCCUCUUCAUUGUGGUCUUCGCUCUGCUGGGCAUGCAGCUGUUUGGUGGACAGUUUAAUUUUGAAGACGAAACCCCGACAACCAACUUUGACACGUUCCCAGCAGCAAUUCUCACCGUCUUCCAGAUCCUGACUGGAGAGGACUGGAACGCAGUCAUGUAUCACGGGAUCGAAUCACAUGGCGGAGUCCACGGAGGAAUGUUCUCCUCAAUUUAUUUCAUCGUGCUCACCCUCUUUGGAAACUAUACGCUCCUCAACGUCUUCUUGGCCAUUGCUGUCGAUAACCUUGCAAAUGCCCAGGAGCUCACUAAGGAUGAAGAGGAGCAAGAGGAGGCCAUCAAUAAGAAGAUCGCCCUUCAGAAAGCCAAGGAAGUAAAGGAGGUCAGCCCCAUGUCAGCCGCUAAUAUGUCCAUCACAGCGAGUUAUGUCUGCACCCCAGUCCAUCACUACCUGAGUAAGGAGCAGCAGAAGUCCAUGAAGACGAUGUCGGUGUGGGAGCAGAGGGCCAACCAGCUGAGAAGGCAGAACCGAGCAAGCUGCGAGGCCCUCUACAGUGAGCUGGAGCCUGAGGAACGUCUCCGCCUGUCCACAGCGCUCCACAUCCGGCCAGACAUGAUGACCCACCUUGACCGUCCACUUGUUGUCGAGCCCCGGGAUGGUCCUUUGCUCGGCGGCCACCAACACCACCAUCACAAGUCCUGCAUGCCAGAUGAAGACGAGACCGCCACCGACCCUCCUCCUCCUCUGCCUCCCCAGCCCCGCCGCCGCCACCACCACAGAGACAGGGACCGAACCAGAACCAGGGAGGAGACAAAUAACAACGGUGAGACCAGUAAGGAGGGCAGGCACCAUGUCCAUCACAGCCGCUCCAAAGAUCACAAUGGCAGCCGGGGCAAAGAGGAGAAGAGCGAGAGGUCCCGGAGCCAGGAGGGAGGCAGGAGGAAUCACCAUCAGAGCUCGGUGGAUGACAGUGGAGGUGGAGGAGUCACGAACGAAAGAGAACAUCGGCAUCAUCAUUCACACCGGCAGUCUCAAGAGGGCAAUGGGACAGUGAACAGUGGAGGGAGGGGAGAGCGAAGAUCCCACCACAAAGAUGGACGUUCGUCUAACAGGGAUGGGGAUAGGAAUUCCAGAGGAGAUGGUGGGGCCAAUGGAGAGAGGAGGAGACAUCGGACCCAUGGAUCCAGGGGCCAAUGCACAGCUGAAGGAGAGGAGUCCAAUGACAGAGAGAAAACUCAAUGUCACAGGUUUGGUGACUCAGAGGGGGAGUCUCUAGCCAUCUCCCCCCAGGAGGGCUCUGUGGAGCCCAACUGGCCUCUUGACCAACCUGAGGACUCAGACAACCAGAGGAACGUCAGACGAACUGGCCAAACCUCUAUCCAAAUUCCUCCUGUGACCAUCACAUCCCCACCUGGAGAGACCACACUUAUACAAUUGAACAGUAUUGACUGUGAGACAAUGCCUAUGAAUGAGAAGACCUUGGAGGAUCUCAGUCAGAGUGGACCCAAACCCAUCCUGCCUUACAGUUCCAUGUUCAUCUUUGGACAGGCCAAUCCGGUGAGGCGGUUAUGUCACUAUAUUGUGACUCUGCGUUAUUUUGAGAUGUCCAUCCUGGUUGUCAUUGCCAUGAGCAGUAUCGCUUUGGCAGCAGAGGAUCCUGUCUGGACCAAUGCUCCCCGCAACAAUGUGCUUAAAUAUCUGGACUACGCCUUCACUGGGGUUUUCACUUUCGAAAUGGUGAUUAAGAUGGUGGACCUGGGCCUGCUGCUUCAUCCUGGAGCUUACUUCAGAGACCUGUGGAACAUUUUAGACUUCAUUGUGGUCAGUGGGGCGCUGGUGGCUUUUGCAUUUUCGAGCUUCAUGGGUAGAUCGCAACAAGGUGUGACCAGGGGGACCAAAGGCAAAGACAUCAGCACGAUCAAGUCUCUGAGGGUUCUCCGAGUGCUCCGGCCUCUCAAGACUAUCAAACGCCUGCCAAAACUCAAGGCUGUUUUUGACUGUGUGGUCAACUCCUUGAAGAACGUGCUGAACAUCCUCAUCGUUUACAUCCUCUUCAUGUUCAUCUUUGCCGUUAUCGCCGUUCAGCUCUUCAAGGGGAAAUUCUUCUUCUGCACAGAUGAGUCCAAGGGCUUGGAGAAGGACUGCAAAGGGCAGUUUCUAGACUAUGAAAAAGACGAUGUGGCUGCUAUGCCCAGAGAGUGGAGGAAAUAUGAGUUCCAUUAUGACAAUGUGCUGUGGGCCUUCCUGACCCUCUUCACUGUGUCCACCGGGGAGGGCUGGCCAACAGUCUUAAAGCACUCUGUUGAUGCUACCUUUGAAGACAAGGGUCCCAGUCCAGGCUACCGGAUAGAGAUGUCCAUCUUCUACGUGGUCUACUUCGUGGUCUUCCCUUUUUUCUUUGUCAACAUCUUCGUCGCUCUGAUCAUCAUCACCUUCCAGGAACAGGGCGACAAGGCCUUGUCUGAAUGCAGCUUGGAAAAGAAUGAGAGGGCCUGUAUUGAUUUUGCCAUCAAUGCCAAGCCUCUGACACGCUACAUGCCAGAGAACACCCAGUCCUUCCAGUACAGGAUGUGGAAGUUUGUGGUCUCACCUCCGUUUGAGUACUCCAUCAUGAUCAUGAUCGCCCUGAACACUGUGGUACUGAUGAUGAAGUUCCAUGGAGCUCCAGACUUCUAUGAAGCCAUGCUGAAGAACCUCAACAUUGUCUUUACCACUCUAUUUUCUCUGGAAUGUAUCCUCAAGAUCAUUGCUUUCGGCCCACUGAAUUACCUAAAGGACGCCUGGAAUGUGUUUGACUUUGUGACAGUGUUGGGUAGCAUCACUGACAUCCUGGUCACUGAAAUCAAGACUACGGACAGACUGUUGAACCUGAGCUUCCUGAGGCUGUUCAGAGCCGCUCGGCUCAUCAAGCUGCUGAGGCAGGGUUACACCAUCCGCAUCCUGCUGUGGACCUUCGUCCAGUCCUUCAAGGCCCUGCCUUAUGUUUGCCUGCUGAUUGCUAUGCUGUUUUUCAUUUACGCCAUCAUUGGGAUGCAGGUUUUUGGCAACAUUGAUCUGAAUGAGGACACAGCUAUCAAUCACCACAACAACUUCCGCACUUUCCUCCAGGCUCUCAUGCUGCUGUUCAGGAGCGCGACGGGCGAGGCAUGGCACGAGAUCAUGUUAUCAUGUCUGAGUCACCGAGCCUGUGACGAGCGAUCGGGGAAUCAUGGGAAGGAGUGCGGCAGUGAUUUUGCCUACUUCUACUUUGUCUCCUUUAUCUUCCUCUGCUCCUUCCUGAUGCUGAACCUGUUUGUAGCCGUCAUAAUGGAUAACUUUGAGUACCUUACUAGAGACUCCUCCAUCCUGGGGCCUCAUCACCUCGAUGAGUUCAUCAGGGUCUGGGCUGAGUACGACCCGGCUGCGUGUGGCCGUAUCAAGUACCUCGAUAUGUAUCAGAUGCUGCUCCACAUGUCCCCACCCUUAGGUUUGGGAAAGAAAUGCCCGCCAAGAGUCGCCUACAAGCGCCUCGUCAAAAUGAACAUGCCCAUCGCCGACGACAACACCGUCCACUUCACCUCCACCCUGAUGGCCCUGAUUCGCACCGCCCUGGAGAUCAAACUGGCCUCAGGUAUGGUGGCCCAGCGGUUAUCUGACGCUGAGUUAAAGAAGGAAUUGUCCACAGUGUGGCCCAACCUUUCUCAAAAGACCAUGGACCUGCUAGUGACGCCACAUAAACCCAAUGAACUGACAGUAGGAAAGGUUUAUGCGGCCCUGAUGAUCUUUGACUACUACAAGCAGAAUCGAGCGAAGAGGCUGCAGCUCAUGUUGCCAUCCAUCUCUCCUCCACAGUGCAAGGUCCAGGCUCUGUUUAAGCCAUUGCUGCCUCUGACUCACAUGCAGGAGAAAGAUCCGCCUAUGAUGGUAAACAGUGUGGAGCCUCCCAGCAUGCUUCAGCCCCAGCCUAAACCCCCUGCCAAGCCCCAGCCACAGACCAGACCUAGCUCCAACUCCCUCAACAAUGGAGGCACUCUGCCAGGUCAUGAGCACCCAUCGUCCUGGGUGAUGGAGAAACCCAAGGAAGGGCCCCGCGCUAAGCAGAAAAGAAACCUGUCCAGGGGCCCGUCAGAGGACACACCGGACACCGCUGUCAUUCAGGAGUCAGUGGAGAUGAAGAAGAUGGAGACCAGUGCCAGCAGUACAAUUCCAGUUCCUGGUUCAGGUCUGGAGAACCAGGGCAGGGCUGCUUCUAUGCCUCGCCUCAACGCUGAGCUGCAGUCUGUCCCUGAUGCCAGCCCAAUGAAGCGCUCAGCCUCCACUGUGGCCCCACAGCGCCCCCAGGAGGUCAACCUGAAGGACUACACCCUGGAGAAACCCAACCAGGACAAACCCCACCACCAUCAUCACCACCACCGCUGCCACCACCGCAGAGACAGAGAUAAAGACAGAGACAGAGAGAAGAGGCAGAGGUCUUUAGAUACACCUCUGGCUGGACAAGCUCCCGGCUCUGCGGGUGCACCAGGAGAGGCAGUGCCGGACCCAGUUACCUCCAGAGAGCGAGCUCACGACCGUGGACGAUCCCACGAGAGGAAACACCACCACUCGUCGGCGGACAAGCAACGCUAUUAUUCCUGCGACCGCUACUGCAGCCGGGAACACUGCCACACCAAAUCUGCCACCGCCAGCUGUGCUGCCUCCCCCAACGAGGCGCAGGAAACCAGCAACAAGCAGGGCAGUGGUUGGGUUAAAGGCAGCCCAGUGGCACUGAGCUCCAGUUCUAGCACGCCAAGCCGCGGACGUCGGCAGCUCCCCCAGACCCCCCUCACUCCACGGCCCGGGGUAGCCUACAAGACUGCCAAUUCUUCCCCCGUGCACUUUGUGUCCAGCCAGGCCUCUCUGAGUCCUGGCCGGCUGAGUCGCGGCUUGUCAGAGCACAAUGCUCUCCGGCACAGCGGCUCGCGCCACUUCCCCUGCCCCGUUACUCGUAUCAGCUCGGAGCCCUUCCUUGGCCGGGGCCACGGCGAGGCCCUGGGCAGCCCCUAUGGCAGCCUCCGGGACCAGCUGGACGUCUUCCAAGAUGCUGCGUCACUGUCGCCCAGCCCCUGUACCGGAAGCUCAUCUCGGACUGCACUGCCUCGCAUGAUGGGAGCUCUGCUUCCCGCUCCACAGCAGAACCUUGGGGUGCCGAACGGGUACCACUUCAGCUUCGGGGGCAGCACCAGCCCAGGCUCUGGCGUCAGGGCACCCAGGUAUUACCAGGAGGCAGAGGAGGAUGAAUGGUGCUAG